AAAGGAACAGGAAGGGAAGGAGAGUCGGGCCGGGCCGAGGGGAGAGGGUGAACGGCGGAGGAGACAACCCCGGACUCUUCCUCAUCACCCCCCACAUUCCCUUCCACCCCUCGGGGAGGGGAGGAACACAACCCUCCACCCACCCACCCACCCAAAAAAGCACGGAUUUAUUUCUCCUUGGGGUCGCCAGCGCUUGAAACCUGAAUUUGCAAGAAAAGAAAGAAAGAAAAGCCAAGACUGAGAAAAAAAGAAAGGAAGGAAGAAAAGACUGAGGGAGGGGGAGGGGAAGGAAGAAAGAGAGAAACCUUCAGAGGAAUCUGCCGCUUGCUGUUUCUUCCGCCGUUCCCGGUUUUUCCAAAGGGGGCGGAAUCUUCCACCCACCCACCACCGUCCCCGAAGUCGCCAUUGGAAGCUGCAGACGCCCAGCUUUGCUUCUCGAGCAGCGCGUUCCCGCCGCCCCCCCCCCCCCCCCCGGCGCGUUUUUUUUUUUCCAUGCCAGCCUUUGGGUCAUGAUUACAGCGCCCGCGCUUUCUGCCGUAAGUAGUAGUCCGGGCGGAGGAGGAGGAGGAGGAGGAGGCGGCGCGCCAGAGCUGGGAAACGGCGGCGGCUGCGGUGGUGGUGCUGAGCUCCCUUGGCAAAGCGGGCUCGCUGGGAACCUUAUCGGCUGCGGCGGCAGCCAAGCUUUCUUCCACGCCAUCCCUCCUUCGGACCCUUUGCGCCAAGCCAACCGCCUCCCCAUCAAAGUCUUGAAAAUGCUCACGGCACGGACGGGCCACAUUUUGCAUCCCGAAUAUCUCCAGCCGUUGCCUUCCACGCCGGUCAGCCCGAUCGAGCUGGACGCCAAGAAGAGCCCGCUGGCUCUCCUCGCGCAGACCUGCUCCCAGAUCGGCAAGCCGGAUCCCUCGCCUUCCUCCAAGCUCUCCAGCGUCACGUCCAGCAGCGGCGGCGGCGGCGGCGACAAGGAGGCGUCCAAGGGGGGGCCCUUGAAGCUCAGCGACAUCGGCGCCGAGGACAAGUCCAGCUUCAAGCCUUACUCCAAGCCCGGAGCGGAUAAGAAGGACUCGUCGGCCGGCGGAGGCUCCGGAGCCACGUCUGGAGGGAGCUCGGGCGGCGGCGGCGGUGGUGGCGGCGAGAAAUCGGGAUUCCGGGUGCCGAGCGCCACCUGCCCGCCGUUCACGCCAAGGACAGGCAGCCCCAGCUCCAGCGCCUCGGCCUGCUCGCCCGGCCUGCUUCCCGGCGGGGAGAGCAAGGGCGGCGGCGGCGGGAGCAGCGGUGGCGGCGGCGAGGCGGAGAAGAAGGAGACGGCGGAGAACUGCGGCAAAGGCGCUUCCGACGGCUCCGGGCGGCUGACUUCCAGCGGCGGCCUGUCGGGCGAGCUGAGCCAAAGCCACGAGGGCGCCAAGGGGCUGCUGGCGGGCGUCGCUUCGGCCGCCUCCUGCUCGACGGCGGAGUCGUCCUGCAGCGCCGUCCCGUCGUCGGUGGCCGCCGCCGUGCUGAGCUCCGCCGGCUUGGUGGCGCCCGUCUCCCCUUACAAGCCGGGCCAGACUGUCUUCCCGCUGCCGCCGGCCGGCAUGAGCUACCCGGGCUCCCUGGCCGGGGCGUACGCCGGUUACCCUCCGCAGUUCCUGCCGCCGGGCGUGACGCUCGACCACAGCAAGGCCGGCAGCUUGGGAGGGGGCGGCGGCGGGGGCGGCGGCAAAACGGCCGGCUCCAGCCCUCUGGCCGGCGCCUCGCCGCCGUCGGUGAUGACGGCCAGCCUGUGCCGCGACCCUUACUGCCUGAGCUACCAUUGCGCCAGCCACCUGGCCGCCGGCACCUCCUGCGCCCACGAGCAAGCCCUCAAGGCCGGCGCCUACCCGCUGGUUUACCCGGGGCCGCCGCUUCACGCCGGGCCGCCGUCGUUGGCCGGCCACCCUCUCUACCCGUACGGCUUCCUGCUGCCCAACGACCCCCAGCCGCACAGCUGCAACUGGGUCUCGGCCAACGGGCCGUGCGACAAACGCUUCGCCACCUCGGAGGAGCUGCUCAGCCACCUGCGGACUCACACGGCCUUCCCCGGCCCGGCCGAGAAACUCCUCUCCGGCUACCCGAGUUCCAGCUCGCUGGCCGCCGCCGCGGCUGCAGCCAUGGCUUGCCAUAUGCACGUCCCCAGCUCGGCGGCCGGCGGCCCGGGCAGCCCCGGCACGCUGGCUUUGCGCAGCCCGCACCACGCCUUGGGACUCAGCAGCCGGUACCACCCUUACUCCAAGAGCCCCUUGCCCACCCCCGGCGCCCCCGUCCCAGUCCCGGCCGCCACCGGACCCUAUUACUCCCCUUACGCACUCUAUGGGCAAAGACUGACGACAGCCUCGGCGCUGGGAUACCAGUGAGUUUUUUUUCCCCGGGGGGGGAGGGGGUUGUCGCCGCCUGAGAUUGGGGUUUUUUGGGUGGGGCGGGUGUGUUCCUUUGAGGGUAGGGUGGCGUCGGUGGGGUGGAUUUGAAAACCACGCUUUUUGGGAAAGGGGAAGGAAAGACGGCCCGGCGUCCCUUGGAAAGUUUCUUUUAAAGGAUGGAUGACCAGACACGUUGCAAAAUUGGACCUUUUUUAAUAAAUAUAUAUAUAUAUAUAUAAAGAAUAGUGUUCAUCUUGAGGACUGGAUCCAUGGGCACUGUAUUUAUUUAUGUUAGCUUCAAGCGGGACGACGAAUCCAUUUGAAAAACAAAAAAAGUGCAUUACCUUAAUUUCAGCUCUGGAUAGGCUUUCAAGGAAAAACAAAACAAAAACAAAACGAAGUGGAAACACCCCUUGUAGAAUAUAAAUCAAUAAAAAGAAAACGAGAACUAGAGGUCUUCUCUUUAAUGUUACUUUAAAUUUGCUAUGAUUGUAUUCUAUUGUACGUUCUUAUUUAACGGUGGGUGGGUGGGGCAAACACCCCCCCCUCAAUGCAUGUCUCUCUUUCCAAGAACGCGUCUUCACUUGCAAUUUGUCUAUUCCAGUUUUUUGUUUUGUUUUUCAAAUUGCAGCGAUUUUUCAAAGAUGUAUAUCCCGUGGCAAGAAAGAAAGAGAAUUGUUUUUUUUUUUUUGUAUGUAUCCUGACAGAAAGAAAACCCAACCACCAACCUACUCUUUUCCAAAAACCUCCGUUUGCCUUAUUUUUAUUCUUUAAAAAAAGAA